AUGCAGGCGUUUUCCCGACUGUCAACAACGACGAGCCCGGCUAAGACCGCCAUCAAGCUUAACGAAAAGAGACGAAAGACUGCCACAGGAGCGGCUACCUCGCAAAAGUCACCGCAUCAGCCAAACCAGCAUCGACGACCCAUUGUGCCCUUUGGAAAGAAAGAUCGCAUAUUACUAGUCGGAGAAGGUGACUUCUCCUUUGCCCGCUCAUUGCUUUGCCAGCAUCGCUGCAAGAAUGUCUUUGCUACUUCUUAUGACUCCAAGGAGGCUCUCCAGAGCAAGUAUCCUCUGGCAGAUCGCAACAUCAGAGACAUCCUCGGGCCCUCCACCGACCCGGAAAGCUCGAACGAAGAAAAGUUUCGAUUGCCCGGUAAAACACGUUAUCUUACCAGAGUCAUGUUCUCUGUUGAUGCUCGAAAACUGGGUCUUCCUGGCGGUGGCGGCAAGGACAUUCGCAACGGCUGGCCUAGACGAGAACAUCAGGGUCCGGCAUGGCAACAUGCGAAAACUGGUGAUUUCGCUUCUCACCAAACAGGUGGGCCAUGGGAUGUUAUCUCAUUCAAUUUCCCGCAUGUUGGCGGUCUCUCCACCGAUGUGAAUCGACAGGUUCGCGCCAACCAAGAACUCCUGGUAUCUUUCUUUAAGGCCUGCAUCCCCUUGUUAUCACCCAGCGAAGAGUUGCUGAACGACGAUGAAGAUAAUGAGUGGGAUGACUGGGAAGGAUCUGAUUCCGAGCUCAGCCUGGGUGGCGAUGAGCACGGCGCCGAUGAAAACAAGCCAGUCCGAUCCGUAAUGGCUAGCGGCCGAGACGAAGAUAAGAAUAGAUCUGCCCCUGGUCGGAUUCUGGUGACUAUAUUCGAGGGGGAACCAUAUACGCUCUGGAAUAUCAAGGACCUUGCGCGACAUGCUGGCUUGCGAGUGGUUACGAGCUUCAAGUUCCCAUGGGGUUGUUAUCGAGGUUAUUCGCAUGCACGGACACUUGGCGAAGUUAAGGGGAAGCAUGGAGGCAGAGGGGGAUGGCGAGGCGAGGAUAGGGAUGCAAGAACAUACGUAUUCGAGAUUAGGCGAGAUGACCAACCAGUGCCUGGAAAGAAAGCGCCAUCAUCCCGAGUCGAUCAGAGAAAGAGAACGAGAGAAGCUUCUGAUAGUGAUAGUGAUUAA